CUGAGGUUCUUCUUCUAUUCACGUUUUUCUUCUUUUGUGCCCCAGUUCUACCGCACCGAUUUCUAAGUACUAAAAUGAUUGUAACCAUAAGUAGACUAGUCGCUCUCGAUCAUCGCACUACUUCUAUCGUGCAUUAUUAUCGUGGCUGCAUCACAUAGCGAAAUUCGUAUAGUUCUUUGGAAUUUUUUUAGACUGUCCCCGCUGAUUUUUAGCAUUCAUCUGAUUAUGAUUUCUUCUGUACUUAAUUUAUUUUCUUUUCAAGCAGCCAUAUUUUCUUUCCCUUAUUGAAGAUUGAUGUGUCUAUAAUCUUUUCGUAGAUGCGUCAUUGUAGAUAGUACCCCACUCAUUCUUCAACAGACCCUAAUUGUAAUUGAUAUCAUCAAUCAUAAUCUUCCGGCCAAGCAUUUCAUCAUUCCAGUCAGGCAGGCCCUAACAGUAAGCAUAGGACAAACGAACAAGAUGGGCGAUCAUCUUCAAAGGAAUAAAAUGGGAGAUAACAAGUUUUUGGUGUCCUCUUUGGGGCGAGGUUUUGCUGUCAGGUGUUGCUGCCUGUACCUCGCUUCGAUACUAUGCUGGCCGCGUCGUGGUUCUAGACACUCAUUUGCUGAUCUCGGGUAUCUUUCAUUUCUUCAGUCACAUGAAGAUCACCACAUCGGAGGACCACCUACAACAAGACUGCCAGGAGAAGCACGACCAGAACCAGACGUCCCUCUUCCACUUCUCUUCGCAUCUGCGUACACGACGAAUGAAUUUUUGCAUGCCUUCAAUUAUAGUGAGGGAAGCCCUGUCGAAGUGUUUUCUCCAGAAUUGCAGCCAGAGUAUGGCUGCUACAAGAUACCCUACCUCUUUCAAACUAUCAAUGGGACGUUGCUGGCGUUCGCAGAAGCAAGGGGACCGAAGGAUGACCCUGCUAGCUUGGGUACUUAUUCUACUUUAUAAGUACAUAGCUUUUCAUCAUUUUUAAGAUUGAAUAUCCUUGCAACCUGGAGUUGUUUCGUUGCAAGGAUGAUAAGGACAUCACAGCCUUUCAAUAGUCCUCUUCGAGGCUACUUGAUCUAUCAAAGAAGUCUACACUCACUCACUCACUCACUCACUCACUUGAGGCAACUGCAUGGAUUGGGACGUAACUGACGUUGUUGUCCGAAAAAGCUACGAUGGUGGCAAUACCUGGUCUAAGAUGCACGUACUCUUACAAGGGCGCUCCUCCUGGCACUUUGUUGUCGGCAACCUGGCUCCAGUGCAGAACGAAUACACUGGCAGGGUUUUUCUACCCUUUACCAGAGGCAAUUCAAGGAUGUGGAUGACAUACAGCGAUAAUAACGGAGAAAGCUGGGUGGAGCCGUAUUUUUUUUUAGUUUGUUUGGGGAUCUGGUUCGGUUGGGGAAGAUGAUAGAGGAUUUGCUGUCAUUUUUACAUGACGAACUAUUUCACACAAAACCACAAUCGUGACGACGUACUAGUCCCUGUUCCACUGACUCCCACAGUCGGAUGAAAGUCGACCAAUCAUUUGUCAUUAUACACAGGUACCGCAUUCCCCUCGAGGGUUAUUGGUGGACUUGGGUCGGCUUCGGACCGCCUGCUGGCCUGCAGAUGUCCUAUUCUGAGAAGUAUCGUGGUCGUUUGUUAAUCCCUGGCUACGUCUCCGACGCUCCGAUUUUCGACUUAACCGCCAUCUUCGGUUCUUCUGCCUUCGUUUUGCUGAGUGAUGACCACGGCAAGACCUGGGAAGUAGUUAUGAUCAGCAACGGUAAUCAGGAACUCUGGGGCAUUGCUGGGAACGAGGAUCAACUAGCUGAGAACUGUGACGGAAGUUUGUUGCUGAAUAGUCGGACUUGGAUCGGCGACAGAGCGCAAGCUCGCAGUACUGAUGGCGGCAAGACUUGGACGAGUCAGGACAGAAUACAGUUGCCGAAUCCCUUUCAGGGAUGUCAGGGAAGCCUAAUAUCUCUCAACAAACACACGUUGCUCUACAGUGGUGUGAGUCGGUAUUCCGAAUCGGCUCUAGGAGCAACGAGAGCAGACUUGACGCUGUGGUAUUCGACCGAUAAAGGCGAAAAUUGGUUCGAAUCCCACGUUUUUCACAAAGGUGGAGGAUCUUACUCAGCGAUGCAGCGGUUGCUAGAUGGACGACUCGCUAUUACGUACGAAGUCGGAGAUCUCUCGGCGAUUUUCAUUCCUCUGAAGAUCUACGUCGCUGUUUUGCCACCAGCUUUGCAUCUAGGUGCUAGCGUAGGCAUCCCCAAAACAGAAGACUCCAUGUCGUGUCCGUCUGGCAACAGUAGACCGAAUACGCUUCAAGGCUUGUUUUCCCGCGAACCCAGGAGAUUCUUUUAUGCCGACACUGGACCUACCCUCAAUGCCGCGAUGCUAAACGGAACUUCUAGUACAGUAGCGGCGCGUGGAUCGUCAUCAUCCACUGCAUCGCUAGCACUUCAACAUUGGCCUCAGACAUGGAAUACUUUCAAGGUGCAUGACAUGUCUUGGCACCAGAAGGUAAAGUCGAAUUUUUCAACUAGCUUUAUGUUCUGCUUCUGGUGGUGGGUGGUUGUCCUCUUCGCAAUCACGACUACUGUACUUUCCGCAAUGGUAGCUUUCGUGUCGGCAACCUGCUGUUGUUUCCCAGUAUGCGCGGCCAGGCAAAAGAACGCACCAACGCUGAAAGUUGUGGGGCCGACCGUGGUUGGGGAUCUGUGCUGUGCUGGAAUCGCAGUUGCUGGGAGAAAAUACCGACAAUGGAAGGACAAAGAUGCGAGUGCUGCCGGAUUGCCAAUAACAUCAUCUUCUGCAUCUACAACAAAUGUUGAUAGUCCAGAUCAAAGGCAGGAUGUUGAAAUAGUGGUAAAAGUAGUAGACAAGCAAGAUCAACUACGAAACCCUCCACAGUCACCACAAGAUGCUACGCUGCAGGAACCACGCAACGACAGCAAAGCAAUCGCGUCGGACGCUGAUUUUGUGAGUGUCGUUUCUGCUAGAGAAGAGCAUCGCUUUGCAGAUCAACCUGUGGUAGCAGAUCCAAAUGCAGUUCUUCUGCUCACUGGUAAAGGUGAUGUAGAAUCUGGGAAAAUCAACGUUAACGACUCCAUAUUCGCAAUCAACAACAUGAAAAGAGACGACGACGACCAAAACGUCACAGGCGAACUACACCAUCUUGGUAAUAUAGAAGAAGUACCAAGCACUACUAGUGGCACUUCUAGUGUAACGGGAGAUGUUGGGGCGAUUGACUUGGGACCAGGCGCUGAAGAAAAGCAUGGUGGUUUUGUGGUUGCUGCUAGUAAACUCGAACUAGUUCUUCGUCAUGUCGAAGCCGAUGGGGAGCCCACUACUAUCAACAAUUUCUUCCACUCGAUAUCCACCAAAUUCCCACAAACCUCAGCCCGUCUCGCACAUGCCUAUACUGUCUUCCACGAAAAACACACUCAAUACAAACCAUCGAUUUUGAAGUACGGCUUUCCGUGUUUUCAACUCCUUCACAGCUUAUGGUUCGGCUUCUGGUGGGUCGGGAUUGAAGUGGCACUGUUUUUCGCCCAUGACGACCCAAUUAGGUGGUUGUUUCAGACCAAUAACAGCAUUCUCGGAUUGACCGUGUCGAUUCUAGUCAGUCUGGCGAAGAUGCACUACUGCGACGAACCAGCGUUGCUGGGGAGGAGGAUGGCCGAACGCGUAGUGCUGUAUUUUGGAGGGCUUGUACUCUUCGGUUGUGUUAUGGCGUUCCUGUCUGGAGGAUUCGCCUUUUAACGCUUUCGAUUGGCUUUAGUUUGUUGGCUUCUAUAAAUUAGAAUUUAGACAGGUUUUUAAAGAUUUAGGAAUUAUGAAAAGUGAAAUAAUGAUGAAGAUUUUUGAAGAGAUGUACUAAUAAUAGAAGUUCAUCUUGACAUGAUGUGCAUACUUUUUUACGUAUACGGAGAGAACCAGAACUACACUGUUGUCGAUUUUCUAAGGGACCUAGAGUUGUACAGUGUGGAUAUCCGCUCGGAUGAAAAAUCAUGCUGGCCGCUGUAAUGUUUGUAGCAUUACUAGGUCAGUGCAAGAAUAACAAGACCCUUAUACAUCAUACUCGAUGGGACCAGAGUUAAUAUUCCUAUACUCACACUCUUGGAAAUUAUAAAGCUUGCUGUACAGGAUCAGGAACAGGUGGUGGGUAUGUACAAAGGCUGAAUAGACUGGUCAUAUGAAAUGCACGUCCCUCAUGUCAGUGGUUACUUGUAAAGAAAUUUCCCGGUCAAUCUAACAAUGCAACAAUGCAAGGCCUCUCUGCUAAAUAAUAAUACUUAAUCUAACAAAGCAGAAGAUACAACUAUUCGAAAUUUUUAAACACCUGCAGGUCAGGACGUAGGGACAUCUUGUGACUAUCUUAUUAUUAUUCGGGAAUAAAGAAUUGCAGCAGGAGUGCGAUGAAAAAAUGUAUUCACAUGGGCUGAAUCAUCACAGAUCUGCUUCUGCUGUCCUCUGAAAUUUGAAUGUCCUUUAGAACUUCAUCUUCAGGCGAAGAAUUUGAGCGUCCGAG